UUGCAGUCCAUCGGACAAAGCUCCGCUCUGAGCUGGAUCGAUGUACGAGACGGCCCUACGCAUCAGUACAUAUGGACGUCAACAUUUUCCGGAAUGACCUAUGGAGUCGGCUCGGGGUCUCACAAGCACCAAGCAAGGAAUGUGGCAGCCAGUCACGCCCUGACUGCAUUAAGGUCUGAUCAAGGCUAA